UCUUCAAUACGCGCCUUUCUUCAUUCUCUCUCUCUCCGUGUACUGUCUUCUACAAUUCAACUACAAAUUCAAAAAAGUUUCAAGCUUUAAACCCUGAACAGCACCAAACUCAACGGCCCUUAACAACAAUCAAGAGAGAAAGAAACCCCACGCUGAAUUUUCGAUCACCACAAACAAAGGCAAGAACACUCACAAUUCAAACUCCAAUCGAAAUCUUUUAGUUCUUCAAAAGAAUGGGUAGCGCUUACAAAGCAGAGGAAGAGUACGACUACUUGUACAAGGUGGUGCUGAUCGGAGACUCAGGCGUUGGGAAGUCGAACCUGUUGUCCAGGUUCACCAAGAACGAGUUCACCUUGGACUCAAAGUCCACCAUUGGCGUCGAGUUCGCCACCCGAACCGUCCAUGUUCACGACAAGAUCGUCAAGGCUCAGAUUUGGGACACUGCUGGCCAAGAAAGAUACCGGGCAAUCACAAGUGCUUAUUACCGAGGAGCUGUAGGUGCAUUGGUUGUGUAUGACAUCAGCAGGCAUGUGACCUUUGAGAAUGUGGAGAGAUGGCUGAAGGAGCUUCGCGACCACACGGACGCCAACCUCGUUGUCAUGCUGGUGGGGAACAAGGCGGAUCUACGGCACCUGCGUGCCGUGCCAACGGAGGAAGCCAAGGAGUUUGCUGAGAGAGAGAAGAUAUACUUCAUGGAAACCUCAGCACUCGAGUCUUUGAAUGUGGACAGUGCCUUCACAGAAGUGCUAACUCAGAUAUACAAUGUUGUGAGUAGGAAGAGCCUUGAGGCUCUGAACGACACUGCAGCAUUGCCAAAGGGACAGACCAUAAAUCUUGGAAGCAAAGAGGAUGUCUCAGCUGUUAAGAAAUCUGGUUGCUGCUCGGCAUAGUUUGUGAGAGAUCAAAGAGAGCAAUUCAUCAUCAUAGACAGUGCGAACUAGUAGUAUACUGAAAUUUUUUUUAGAAUGCAUAUGAAUGUUUGAUACCUUACCAUUUUGUUGUUCACAUUUUUUUCCCACUUAUUUUGGGAAGUUUGGUGUAUUGGCAUAUUCUAUUGAUUGAUAUGAAUGAGUGAUCUUUUUGGUUUU